AUGAUGCGCGGUUUCUUCCAACGUUUUGCGUACACCGUAGCACAGCGUGAACCCUCACACAUUGAUAAAUACGAAGACCCUCAUACCGAUUACGACGAGUAUCGUGUUCCAGGUCACUUCACUAUCGAUGAAGAUCUCAUCACCAAGGUUCUCAAAAUGGGUGACAAUGAGAUCUCCAACAUGCAGCACGAAGAUCUCGUCGACGACCACGCAGACAUUCCAGAAGCCCCUGCCUCCAAGCCUACAAGUCUCUUCGCCAUGAGCAUGAUCAAGGUUGAGGAAGUGGUUCCUCUCGUACCGGUCGGCAAGGAAGCUGGUGAUGAUGAUGAUGAGGGAGCAGUUGACGAGUCUUGGAUUCCACUGGACCCCAACAUCGCACCACCUUACAUCGAGGUCAUCGUCGGCGGCAUCGCGUUCCCUGUCUCAAAGCAUUUACUCGCCUCUUGCCCUACUUUCUUUGAACGCGCAUUGAACGGCGCAUUCAGAGAAGCAAACGAAAGCAAGAUCAGUCUAGAUGAGCGUCUGGAUCUGUUCCUGGUCUUUCACACCUGGCUCUUUUCCCGUAACGAUCUGGAUUUUGUUGAGAAAGGUUUUGGGGGCAGAAAUGAUACAGAUGCAGAGGAACGCCAGAUGGCCUACAUCGAGAUUUACAUCUUCGCAGACAGACUCGACAUCCCGAAGCUUGCAAACGCAGCUCUUCAGCAACUUGACAAGGCCAUCAGACCUGAAGGAUUCCCUUUCAGAUUCAGUAUCGCAGCCGUUUGUCUAGCCUGUGAGUCGGUUCCUGAAAGCUCCAGCCUUUGGAAGUACAUCCUUGCCAUUGAAAGAGACGCAAACAGGUGUUGCUUUCCUUCUCGUACUGCCAAAGAGUACGAACAUCUUCCUGGUUUGUUCUUCUUUGGACUGGAGAAGCUCAAGAUCGACAACCAGUUUAUUGGCCUAAUGAAGCUCAAGAAGGCGGUGUCUAUCAUGGGUGGCUACGAAAGGGUUGAGCGCUCUCUCGAAUAAGGUAGCAUCAAUGCAAGUUUAUUGAUGACUGAAACCAAAUUUGACUGUCUUUGUGCUAGUUGUGAGAGUGCAGGUCAGGGUCGGCGAGCGAGUCGGAAGCACAUGCAAG